AAUGAGUCUCAGGCUUUAAUUGGUGACGAGUGUGGAGCUAUAAAGUCGAACCUCCAGCUUUCAGUUCACACCAGAAGAAGAGGACUGGAUCUCCUGAUGGCUUCUCUUACAGUGAGCGUGCAUCAGAGCUGCUCGAUGUCCAGACGGUCUGCCUUCACCAUCGAGAGCAUCCUGGGACUCGACAGACCGGAUCCCAGAACCGUGCUUUCAGCACCUCACCGACCCUGGACAGACGUGAAACCAGCGGGUCAGAGCCGUGGUGUGGUCGCAGACAGUGAUGUUUCAGUGGAUGAAGACAGUAAAUCUUACAGUAAAUCACCAGCAGACGCUUACAGGAGAACACUGAACUGGUACAUCGGACGCAGACCGCGCACUGCUUUCUCUAGUGUUCAGAUCAAGAUAUUGGAGAGUGUGUUUCAAUUGAACUCAUACCCAGGCAUCGACAUACGUGAAGAACUUGCUAAGAAACUGCAUCUAGACGAGGACAGGAUUCAGAUUUGGUUCCAGAACAGAAGAGCGAAGCUGAAGCGUUCACACAGAGAAUCUCAGUUUCUCAUGGAGAAGAACGUCCUGAGUGAUUUACAGUCCAGCAGAGAAGAACGCUGACUGUUACAGAUCCACAUUCGAUCCUAUUAUUAUUAUUUCUGUCGCUCUGCCUCACUCUGUGAUGUUGUAAUUUAUUAUAUAUUUCUUUACCAGUUAUGCAACUAUUAAUAUUUCACUUCGAUUUAAAUGCUUAAGAUUCUUAUCGUUAUUUCUUAUUGUGUUUUCUGAAAACAUAAAAUAAUAAAGUCAACAUAAACACAAUUUUAAUAUUUUUUUCUACUUCGAAGUGGAGUUAAGUUAACAUUAUGUUCUGCCAGCUGUUAAACUAACCUGCGAACUAAUGAGUGCUUUGUAACCAGGGUUUAGUAAACCUAUUAAGCAUUGUUUGGGUCACAAAGGGGGGUUUCUCUGAGGGGGGCAUCUCAACAAUUACAUUUGCAUUUGAGUCAGUCAUGGGAUUUUUACACUUGCACAGUUUUGUGUGUUUAAAAGGAAGUAUUAUAUGAUCUUAUAUUAAACAUAAUACACAUGUACAUAUGCAAAUACCAGGUGGCGCUAUUGUUUUAAAUCUUGCUCUGAAAACU